AUGGAGAAAUCAAAACUGAACCCAAUCACGAGACGAAUCGAGGAUAAGAAAGACGAGUUGGCCAAACUCAUCCAGGUCAAAGAAUACAGCGAGGUUUUGGGUAACCAGCUCGAACUCCUUCAGGAGAAGCUCUCCACUAUGGCCGAUGGGACAGAAGCCCUUUCACUUGUGCUUUCCAACUGGGAUAGUAUUAUCCAGUCAGUAUCGCUCGCUUCGAUGGGGUUGAUGAAGUAUAGCGAGAAUGACUACGAAAACGAAGAGGAACCUCCGUUGCCCGAGACGCUCGUGAGGAUGAGAUUGGAACCAGAGGAUGAAUAAAUCGUGAGGAUUUUCCCUAAACGGACCUCAACUCGUCUAUGAAAGGAAUGCCACUAAUCCGCAAGGUCCUGUGUCGCCAAGGUUCCGCGUCACUCAGGUCUCACAUCGCUCAGGUCUCACACCGCUCAGGUCUCACACCGCUCAGGCCCCAUUAUAGAGAUAAUUCCUUAAAUGCCUCUUACAUAUAGCCUAGCCCCAGAGGUAAUUCACGUUUUUUAUCGGAAUCGCAUUACGACCAGUAUACUCAGCUAUGUCAGCUUGAGUAUCGCACGAAAAACCCGAUGGCAUGAAUGCUGAAUCAGAUGGUCCACUUACAAAGUCAUAGUUUAUGUACAGUGGGGGAACUUCCACCAGUAAUAUAUAUAACAUGUCUCCGUGAAUUUCCAAUAUAUUAAACUGUCU